GCGCCGAGACGGAGAGACAGAGAGAGACGCCGGCUGAUCAGGCAAGCAUACGCGUCCCCCCAGCCACCUAUCGUCGUCGACGUCGUCGUGUGUCCGUCAUGGAGGCGAGACUGGCCAUGAGCUGGUACUGCGGCUCCCUCCUCGCCGUGGUGGUGGUGCUGUUCCUCUCCGCCUCCCUCGGCACCGGUGCCGGCGCCGGCGCGGACCUCAAGGGCUCGUGCGCCGCGACGCCGCACCCGGACGUGUGCGUGAGCGCCCUCCAGAAGGACUCGGACGUCAAGGCGGCGGCCACCCCGCGCGACCUGGCGGAGGCGGCGAUCCGCGCGGCGUCGGCGGCGGGGUCCGCGGCGGGCGACUACGCGCGGCGCGAGAUGGACGCGGUCAAGGACAACGGCAUGUGGCAGUGCCUGAACGAGUGCGCCGAGGACAUCGAGGAGGCGCUCUCCCACCUCGACGACUCGGACGGCGAGAUCGACGACGGCGAGAUGAAGGACGUCAAGCUCUUCCUGGACACGGCGGAGCAGGACGUGUGGGACUGCGACCAGAGCUGCAGGGGCGCCGCCGACACCCCCGUCAAGACCACGCUGCUCGCCAAGAACAAGGACUUCGAGAAGCUCAUGUCCGUCGCCCUCGCGCUCAUCAAGCGGUCCACCGGCGGCGCCGACUCGGCCGCAGCGUCCAAGCCCAAGCCCAAGACCAAGCCCUGAGAUCGAGAUCUCGUAACGUUGCUAGUAAUCAACUGAUUCGCGCGCGCCAUAUAUAAUGUUUGUUGUAGCCUUGGUAUUGUGUCACUAUUAAUUCGAUCGAUUAGCUUGCUGCGAAAAUCAUUUAUUUGUCUUGACAUGUAGUAAUGCGUACUAGCUAGGAGGGUACUUGGUGUUUAUCUAGUUCAGAUUUCAAAAAAGGAAGAAGAUGUUUAUCUAGUUCAUGCAUUGUGUAGGAAAAUGAUUAUUAGAAAUAAUAAAAAACAUUAAGCUU